UUUUAAGUCUGUAUAAUGUGGAGUAUUCUUCUAUCCUCUGGUGAUGGUUCUGUAAUUGUUAUUUUGAAGGACCGAGCCAAUGAGAUUUACAAGAAGGUGGAAGAUCAAAAGUCUAUUAGAGGAAGAAAUCAGGAUGCAAUUUUGGCUGCUUGCCUGUAUAUUGCUUGUCGCCAAGAAGACAAGCCUCGCACUGUAAAGGAAAUUUGCUCCGUUGCCAAUGGUGCCACAAAGAAGGAAAUUGGCCGGGCAAAAGAAUACAUUGUGAAACUACUGGAGGUAGAGAUGGGUCAAUCAAUGGAGAUGGGAACUAUUCAUGCGGGAGAUUUUCUGAGGCGUUUUUGUUCUCAUCUGGGCAUGGCUAAUCAAGCAGUUAAAGCUGCCCAAGAAGCUGUUCAGAAGUCCGAAGAGCUGGACAUCAGGUAAUUCUAGUUUACCCUGGUUCAGGCAGUGAGUUUAUUAAUAUGGUGGAGCAUGUUCUUUUUUUCCUGA